GGACGGCGCCUGCGUAUCAAGCGGGAUUGCGCUGACUAGGAUUGCGCACCGAUCCAGAUUGUGUACGGUAGUAGGUUUGGGGAGCAAAUCGGACUUCACACAAGAAGAUAUCAACCUGAACAGGUCAUCCAACGCCAUACGACGAGUAGAUGGAUUAAGGACUGCAGAAAACGAUACCCUGCUGGCUAUUUUCCACCCCCAGCGGCACCCUCUUCCCGGGAGACGCAUGAGCAGACUUUACGGCUUCGUAAACCACGCCCUAGAGCUGUUGGUGCUCAGGAAGUUCGGCGCCGAGACAUGGGAGGAGAUCAAGCGCGAGGCGGAGAUCGAGAUGGAAGGCCAGUUCCUGGUACGUCUGGUGUACGACGACGAGGUCACCUACAGUCUCGUCUUAGCGGCCGAGAAAGUCCUGAAGACACCGGCUGAAGACAUUUUGGAGAUGUUUGGCCGCAUGUUCUUCGAUUUCUGUCAGGAAUCGGGAUACGACAAGAUCUUGCAGGUCCUGGGGGCGACGCCCAGGGACUUCCUGCAGAACCUCGACGCGCUACACGACCACCUGGCCACAAUCUAUCCUGGAAUGCGCGCCCCGUCCUUCCGGUGCACUGAACGUCCAGAAGACGGGGCCUUUAUCCUUCACUACUACUCGGAAAGGGAGGGACUCGAACCUAUCGUCAUCGGCAUCGUCAAGGCCGUUGCCAGCAAGUUGCAUCACACCGAGGUAGAAGUGGAGCAGGUGUUGGGUAAAGAAGACGGCCUGGACCACGUACAGUUCGUCAUCCGUGAGAAAGGAGUUAGGACACCGGAGCCCGAACUGGAAGAAUUUUUCGACGUCCUCUCCAUGGAGAAGAAGAUCAGUCCGGCCACUUUCUGCCGCGCCUUUCCAUUCCACGUCAUGUUCGACAGAAACCUUGUCGUCAUGCAAGCAGGUACGUCCGUCACUCGAGUGCUGCCCACCUUAACUCAGGAGAACAGUAAGAUCACCGAUUUCAUGGAACUGGUGCGUCCGCACAUGGAUUUCACCUUCGACAACAUCCUCUCCCAUAUCAACACAGUCUACGUCCUUCGCACGAGAGGAUCGCAAGUCAUCGAGAACGGGAAGGAACACACGAGAAUGCGUCUCAAGGGUCAGAUGCAGUACGUCCCGGAGACGGACCUCAUGCUUUUCCUCUGCUCUCCAAGCGUCCUCAACCUGGACGACCUGAACCGUCGAGGUCUCUACCUCAGCGACAUCCCGCUACACGACGCUACCAGAGACCUCGUCUUACUGUCCGAACAAUUUGAGGCCGAGUACAAGCUGACCAAGAACCUGGAGAUCCUCACGGACAAGCUCCAACAGACAUAUCGGGAGCUGGAGGACGAGAAGAAGAAAACAGACAGACUUCUGUACUCGAUCCUUCCACCAUCAGUAGCCAACGAACUACGCCACCACCGUCCAGUAGCAGCCAAGAAGUACGACUGCGUCACCAUCCUCUUCAGCGGCAUCGUGGGCUUCAGCGCUUACUGCGCCAGACAUUCCGACUCCAAGGGAGCCAUGAAGAUCGUCAAGCUUCUCAACGAUAUCUACACCACUUUCGACGUCCUCACGGAUCCUAAGAAGAACCCCGAUGUCUACAAGGUCGAAACCAUCGGGGACAAGUACAUGGCUGUGAGUGGAUUGCCAGAACCGUGUGAAAGCCACGCCCGCUGUAUUGGUCGUCUGGCUUUGGACAUUAUGGACCUUUCCAAACAAGUCAAGAUGAGUGAAACUGAAAGUGUGCAAGUUACAAUUGGCAUUCACUCCGGAGAGGUAGUCACCGGAGUCAUCGGUAAAAGGAUGCCCCGCUACUGUCUCUUCGGGAACACGGUGAACUUAACGAGCAGAACUGAAACAACAGGCGAGAAGGGACACAUCAACGUGUCAGAGGAGGCAUACAGAUGUCUCCAGCAGUCUCAGAACUAUGACCCCGAAUUCAAGUUUGACUUCCGUGGCCCAGUCGCCAUGAAGGGCAAGAAGGAACCCAUGAAAGUUUGGUUCUUAUCUCGGGCCAAUCCAGCCUAGAAUGCCUAUCAUCGCCGCACUGUUUCAGUUUAAACACAAAUAUCAUGAGUUAUGUCAACCUCAGGACUGGCAAGGAAUGUGCAGUCCCGUCCGUUGAAAGUCGUGUGUGUUGAAUAGUGUACAUGUGCCGUCGGGACUUUGGCAGCAGUCAUGCUCUGAUCGUAAUUCGAUGGUCAGUUACGACGAUUCCGCUCAUUACGAAGUCCGCUUUUAGCGAACCCGUUUAUUGCGUCACAACGGUUAUAACGUAAAUUCAUGUUCCCCUUCUUGCUAGCCUCUUGAUUGAUUUCGUCGUUCUUAGCAGAUUUCGUAUCACUGCCAGACGUGUGCAACCAUUAGAUGUCUUCACCUGGAAUCGCAUAAUCAAAAGGCUAUUGCGUAACAGGCAUCUUGAAAUUUAUUGAACAUUUUAUCGUUUACAUUCUUUAUACGCAUAAACAUUACAUCUCAUUUGCAUAAAAAUAUAAACGCUCAGUUAAAUAUCGUCCCCGUGUGCGUUAUUGGAAGGCUAGGCUUAUAUGCACAGAUUAUCUGAAAGUUAUUGGUAAAAUGUACAUUUGCCUUGUCAAGUUAUUUAUUUUUUAUUAGAUGCAUUCCGUAAAUUAUUGCCGCAGUUAAGGAGGCCCUGGACGUAGCUUGCCAUUGCGUCUGUGGUAUUUGCCAUCAAAGCAAAUGGUCUGAUCCCCAUACUUCGAACAGACUGUCCUACAGACUGUUUUUCCAGUACAAGAACAGCUUAAAACAGUUUUAGAAUUGGUAAUUAGCAUUUCUGUUUAUUUAUGUCUUAUUGGCUAGCUAAGUUUACGAAGCACCAGACGCAUACCAAUUGUAAACUAUGUAAAUAAGUCUUGUUGUUACUCAGAAAGCGGACCAGGAAACUGGAAUGCUGAUUCCGUGUCGGAAAGCAUUUAUCACAUUUUCUAAAUAGUGCCCACAAGUCAGUAACGUGGCGAUUUCAGUGAAGGAGCAACGUUGCUUCCAUUGUUGCUAACUAGUAAGCCGCGGUUGUCACUACUGUCAUGAGCUGGUUGCUGUCGGAAUCUCCGUGUUUCAAAAUAAAAAUGUUGACAUGC